UGUACCUUCACCAGCAUUACACCAUAAUUACAGGAAAUCUAAAAUUCAACCGUCCAACUCAAUGAUAAAAUAACGACAACACUGCUACUUUUUCGUAACAAAAAUGGAUGCUUCUUUUUAUUUAUCAAAAUUACAAUUUACAACAAGGUUGCAAGUACGAACUGAGCAUCAGAAUAUAUAUAGGGACCUCUUCAUGAACCACAAGAAAGAAGACCAACGUGUGAAUUCCCAAUCUUUCCCAUUCUACAAUUCAUAAUUCCUAAAACAAACUUUCUUCAAUUUACUUCAAUGGGGAAAAAUCCAUAUGCAUCAUUAUCCCAACCAAACAUAAUUUCUCCAUCAUCGAGCUUCAAACCAAAAUUAAGCGAUCAAGCUUCUAUGGAACUGGUUUGUGAAAAUGGCCAGAUCUUUGCAAAGAGCCGAAGACCUAACAACAACAGUUAUUUUCAGAAUCAACGUACGCAAUCUAUCUUGGAUUUGUAUGAGACCGAGUACGAUGAGGGUUUCAAGAAAAACAUCAAGAAUCUUGGAGGUUCGCAAGUUGUUCCUGUGAGUGAGUCUCAACGGCCACAACAAGAUGAAGAUAAGAAGAGGAAGAUUAAUCCCUCCAAGACAGAAUCUGAGAGAGAUGUUUGGAAAAGGAACAAACGUUUUGAAUCAUCAAAAUUAAUGAAUGAUUCUUUGAAAAGUUUGAAGAAUGUUGAAGUUACCACAGCCCCUCCUGAUGAGCAAUCUAUAGCUGUUGGAAGAUCCGCGGAAUUGUAUUUUGCGUCUUCAUCGAUGCUUUCUGGAGGAACUUCGAGAGAUCUAAGUUGUUGUUCUUUAAAAAAGAGAAAGUAUGGUGACAUGGAAGAAGAAGAAUCAACUUAUCUAAGUAAUUCGGAUGAUGGAUCAGAUGAUGGGAAGACACGAGUUACUACGACAACAAGAAAGACUGUGGCUAAGAAAAAACGAAGCACAGAAGUCCAUAAGUUAUCUGAAAGAAAGCGAAGAAACGAGAUCAGCAAGAAAAUGUGUGAGUUGCAGGAUCUACUACCUAACUGCUACAAGGAUGACAAGGUAUCAUUGCUGGAUGAGGCUAUCAAAUACAUGAGGACCCUUCAACUUCAAGUUCAGCGAAGUGGAGAUCGAAGGAAGGAGGAGCAUCGUAUACGUCGGCUAUGGUUGAAUAAAUCAAUAAUCAAAGUUUAUUUUUAUUUUGCAAAGGAAUAUGACAUGGCAAUUUGAAAACAUAUGGUUGGCUGAUUUUCUUUGCUGAUGUGGACAGCCUCUCCUUUCAAGUUAUUCUCCUUUUAGUAUAGUAUAGAUGAUUUACGUGUCAACUGUUAAAAUAAAAAAUCGUCGCGUUUACAUUUACCUCUAUUUUUCUUUAAUAACAAAUUGUGAAGUGCUUUUCUUAUCAAAAUUUGCGUUUAGCUUUCACCUGUAAGAUGUAAAAAUUAAAUCACGAGAAGCUAGUUUCAUCUUUAAAAUUUAAUUAUGGUGAACACUAAUGCAUCAAAAGCUUAGUUAUAUAUUUUACUGAACUUAUUUACAUAUAGGAUUCUUAACAUGUUCUAAUAAUCGUUAUAGAUGAUGAGUAUGGGAAAUGGAAUAAUACCAUCUACGAGUACGAUGUUGGCAAUGGGUCAUUACUCUCCCAUGGGUCUAGGAAUGCAUAUGGGCGCAGCAGCAACAACAACAUCAGUACCACAAUUUUUGCCUAUGAACCUUCAAGGAACCGGUUUUCCCCGGAUCAACGAGGCCUCAUCACAAAUGCUAAGCAACUUUCUUAAUCACCCCACGGGACUAAUCCCAAACUGUCCCAUCUUUUCUCCACUGGAAAGUUGCUCUCACCAAUUCGUCGUGCCUUCAUGUUUUCCUGGGACUCACUCUACUUCCUUCACUCCAUUUUCAAAGUCUGCGCCAACAUCAAACUUAGAAGAUGCAAUGCAAUUCAAAGGAAGCAAUGGUUAUUAAUUAAUUAUCGGUCGACGCUCGCUAAACAUAAACCAUUUGUAGAUAAGUUGAUUAUGUCUUCUCAAGCUAACUUUUUUUUUUGUGCACAACUCAAGCUAACUUAUCGUUCCAAAUAUAGUCUACUUUGUGUUGUUGUCUCUGUGGAUUUAUGGGCUUUGGGUCUUGGAGUAAUUGAAUUUGAAUCCGACUAUUCUCAAUGUUUCAGUCGCAAAUAUUAUAAGUUAUAACGCGAAUCAUAGAGUGUAACACUUGCAGCACAAAGCAUUUUCAUUGUAAUGUAAAUGAACCACAUUAAGUGAAAUAUAGAAUAGAAUUCAGGCUCAUCAACGACUGCUAUUUAAUGUACCACGUGUCCGGGUAUCAGGUGCCAAGGAGGAAAGUCAAAGCGACUGGUCAAAUGAUCCUACGGUCUAUCAAAAAUAUCUACAUCAUACUAAUAAAAAUGUAAAUAUCAGUGUAGUAAUUUAUAUCUAAAUUAGAAAGUGACCAAUCUGUUAGUUUAUAAGAAUACGUAAACAUCUUAUGGGCCCGGUCUGGUACUCUACUCAUACACGUUGUUGGUUCACGAUUCGAUGAAAAUAAUUCACUGAAAACGCAUAAGCUUAAAAUAAGAGAAUAUAGUAUAGAAUUGAUCAUAACUUUGCAGAGGAGCGACGAAGAAAAGUGUAAGCCACAUACGACUAUCCCUGCCGGCACCACUCACUCUCUUAACAUUUAUUAUGUAAUAAAUCCUACUAUAUAAAAGGAACUAAUUUUGUGGCUUCUAAGAGUGUCCACUUCACCUAAAAUAUUCAGGACCGAUCAAUAUGACAUGUCAUUUAACAUAUUUUUCAGCCCAAAAGUAAACUAUUGCAACAUAUAUCCGAGCCCAAUUAAUUUUGUGGAUUGGUCUUCCAGAAACUCAUAUGGCCAGAAAGUAAACUCAAGCCCUGAGGAAGUAUGAAAAAUUAAGGUUAACGAAAAAUAAUUAUAAAAGUCUCUGCACAUAUUAAAAUUUAAGCAUACAGCAUGUGUUUUGGUUGCUCAGUAUUAUAUGCUUCAUUUUACUUUAGACUUGAUGUUUGUUUCGAUCGACAUACACUGGACAUUACUCAUCCAAUAAGAUUUUCUCUAACUACUUAUAACAUAUUGCAGCCCAAACUAUUUUUUCACAUCUCGCAUCACAACCUGGGAUAUAAUAAUUGACAGCUUCAUGCUCAAUACUUGCGAUCCACAUGCACGUAAUGUGGAUUGAAGAACAUGUUUCAUUUAUAAUAGGCUGAACAAAUGUGAUGUGACUCAAAUUCCUCUUUUAUUUUAAUUCCAAACUCUAAAAAAGGUUAUUUACUUUCAUAAUCCUAAUCAGACUUUUUAAUACUUAGCUUAAACCACCUAUGCCAAUCAAAUGAACGGAGGCAACAGAAUAUAAAAAUACAAACAACAGGGCCGACUAAAAAUACAACUAAAUCUAAUAAUGAAACUUAUACUAGAGUCUAACAGAAUAUAGUAAAAAAAUGUCUUCAACCAAAUAUUAUUAUA